UCUACACCUUCCUCACAAAAACAACCACAACCUCUCCACCAACCACACCAAUGGGUUCUCUCCCUGACUUCCCUAAACCUUACGUAAUAGAAGACUGCAUGGGAGCCGUAAAACUCUACAAUAACGGCACCGUUUUGAGGUGCAAUGACACCAAGUUUAAAGCCUCUUACGUCGAAGAUGAAUCCGUACAAUACAAAGAUUAUUUAUACGACCCGAAAAAUGAACUCAAACUUCGUGUUUACAAACCCAUUUCCGGAAAUCCAAACCCUAGAUUUCCUGUAAUUUUUUUCAUUCAUGGCGGAGGGUUUUGCGUUGGCUCAUUUUCGUGGUCAAACUCUCACAAUUCUUGCAUACGUUUAGCUUCUACUCUAAAAGUUCUUGUGGUUUCCAUAGACUACCGGCUGGCGCCUGAACGGCGGCUUCCGGGGGCUAUGGAGGACGCUUUCAACGCCGUGAAAUGGCUGCAAAGGAAGGCUAUGGGCUUGAGUAAAGAGGAUUAUGAGUGUGGUGGAGAUGCUGCAUGGUUCAAAAUUAGCGAGGUUGACUUUGACCGAGUUUUUGUUGUUGGCGAUUCUUCAGGGGGAAAUAUCGCGCACCACUUGGCGGUUCGGGUCGGUUCCGAUUCGGCCGGGUUUGAUCCGGUUCGAGUUCGAGGUUAUGUGCUGUUGGCGCCAUUUUUUGGUGGGGUUGAUAGAACCAAGUCUGAGGAAGGACCCAGUGAGACUGUUCUGAAUCUGGAUUUACUUGACAUGUUUUGGAGGCUAUGUUUACCACAUGGAGAAGCUAGUCGAGACCAUUUUUGUGUCAACCCAUUUGGCCCCUGGAGCCCUAGCCUUGAACCUCUGAAACUUGACCCUAUUUUGGUGGUUGCUGGUGAGUGUGAAUUGUUGAAAGAUAGGGCUAAGGAUUAUGCAAAAAGGUUGAAAGAAAUGGGAAAGAAAAUUAAUUACAUUGAGUUUGAAGGAGAGGAGCAUGGCUUCUUCACUGAUGAUCCUUACUCAGAACCUGCCAAUAAGUUUGUGGAAAUCCUUAAGAAGUUCAUUUAUGAAAAUUCAACUUAAUUUGGUUAGUUACGCUUCUCGGAACACUAUUAGAAUAUAGCUUCCGUUGGUAAAAGUAAACUAGGAAUGACGGUUUUCAUUUAUGAAAAAUUAAUUGUUCACAAAACUAGUGUCAAUAAUGAUUUUCAGGUUUUGGAGAUGGUGUAUGUUUGCAGUUGUGUACUAUUAAACUUUAUUAGGCUUGAUAAAUAAUGUUUAAAUGCAUAAUUAGUUUAAUUAUGCAAAAGUAUGGGUGUGUACUAAAUUUUUU